UCUACGACGCCGCACUAUCGCUUUGAAACGAGCGUCUCCGAUCAUCAAAGACCUACCAGAUAUCGCUAUUGCUGGGUGCUCCCAGACUCGAAGCCCAAGACGAGCGUUAAGCCUGGCCAACCUCAGAGAACACCCCACAUCAAUCGACACAUCCCACUGCCGCGGCCAUUCACGCCAAGUCUCUGUCGCGCACGAUGGAAAGCCACCGGGGUUUUGUGUAUACUAGGGACUUGAUAGAGCUUGAUGCAGUCAUGAAACUCAUCCCUCGCGCAGGUGAAUGUGUCAAGUGCGAUGCCACCUCGACCCUAGAAUGUCCCAACUGUUCCGAGGGCACAGAGUGCCAAUUCACGAUCCCUUCCGACUGCACGGAAUGCUCACAGGCGCUAUGCGUAGCAUCAAGCGCUGCGCCCAGCAACAGCAACAGCAACAACUCGGAUAACAGCUCCGGAGGUCCAAACAUUGGGGCAAUCGUGGGAGGCGUUCUUGGAGGUGUCGUUCUCAUCACAGUCCUAACCUACCUGGCUUGGAGAUACCUCAUCAAGCCCCGUAGGGCUGAGGACAUUGCUCGCCAUUCGCAAUAUCACGGAAGCACUGCCCCGCAAGAUUCAGAAAAGGACAACCAGUCCAGACUUACCCGCCGCUCAUCGACGCACACCGUUCACUCUAUUGCGUCCACGGUGUUGACUCGAGCCUCAAACAUCAUUCAAAUCGCAUACAUUCCCGGAGUCACGAACCGAGCGAACCCUGCCUCCUCGGGCGUCCUUGUCCCUCCCGUCCCACCGAUCCCUAUGCAGCACUCUGCAAACACCGGCGAUAGCGGCAACAACGAUCAGCACUUCUUUGUGCCGGGUGACCUCCGCGACUCGACAUACUCUGGUCUGUCUGGCUACUCGGACCGUACAUCCUAUGCUACACGCACAUCCUACGCUCCUCGCUCGAGCAUCGCCUCCACAAUUUACGGCAAGCAGGCUCAGGUGAUGACUCCGGCGUCGACAGGCCUGCGUGCGAAGCCAACCAUGGUCAGUGUCAAGUCCAUGGGAACCAGCGGCAGCGGCGGAAGCACACCUCCAGUGCCCAACAUCGAUUUCGAAAAGUUCGGCAACGGGAGGCCAAAGAGUGGUGCGAGCACGUUCAGUGUGGGCUCCACGUUCUUGAACACUGCCACCCAGACCCGCGCCCAGGUCGUCAAGGUCGGAGGUCUCAAGAAGGUCGAGAUUCCUGCCAAGUCCGAUGCAUCGAGUCGAGCGACUUCCACAUCUGAAGGCAAAGGGGCCGGAUCUGAGGCCUCCACGCCUGCUGUUACACCUCCUACGCUGUCCAUCAAUGACUCGCCUUUCGUCGACCCUCCAGAGGAGGUGAGCACUCCUGAACCCAAAGCCAAUGCACCCAAGCUGGGAGCUGUCAUGGAGGACGACGAGGAUAGGCCCAACCGUGACUCGAAACCUCCGUCGAUAGAACGAGGCAGCAGCCCCUUUGGCGACGAGCACGCCACCAAGUGAAGGACGGACCUCGCGCGUUUUGAAUACUUUUUUGCACUUCGUGUCUUCUAUAGACAGCCAAGCCUAUUGAGGUCAAGCAUGUUAUUCUUCAAACUUAUCUCUGGGAAUCUUUUAUCAUUUUUUGACAUGCGCUCGGCGUCUUUGGCAGACUUGCCGAUUGGAUCGGAAUGAUGGACUGUGAUGUUUGGAUAGCAGCUAUACUUUACUCCCCUUCUUGAAUAGAGACGACUGACCGAUCUUUGCCGCCCUCACAUCUGCAUGUGUGUAUCUCAGCCAACACGAAACGUACAGCAUGCUCGGACUGGGAACCCCGUCACGGGACUGAAAGCUCUAA